ACUAUUAAUACUGUACUAUACUGUAGGUGUCUAUUGGAUUGCAUGGAGAGUAUUGAUGUCAAUAUUGUUAUGACAUUUGAUUUACAAUUGAAUUCAAUUCAAUCAAACCAUUCAUACGAAUCAAUCAAUCAGUUUGUGAUAACUGUUUGUCUCCACUGAAGAUCACAACAACAACUCAGAAGACAUAAGAGAAGAACAACAACAAGAAGAAGAAGGAGGAGUAAGAAGUCUUCAUCAUCGGUGUCGACGAUCGACAAGGAGGACGACAACGACGAUGGCGUUGAAACAAAUGGUCGGACAAAAGAUUAUCAACGACGUGGUGAGGGCUUCCAGAAAGAAGGGCGAAUGGAAAGUCUUGAUAGUGGAUCCGUUAGGCAUGAGAAUGAUGUCUUCGUGUACAAAGAUGCACGAAAUUGCCGGCGAAGGUAUCACUAUUGUCGAAGAUAUUGGCAAAAAACGGGAACCGCUGCCCAACAUGGAAGCAAUUUAUCUGAUAUCGCCCACCGAUAAGUCAAUAAGACUACUACAACAAGACUUCCUGAGCUCGCGUAUAGCCCUGUAUAAGGCGGCCCAUGUCUUCUUCACCGAGUCAUGUCCUGAUGAACUAUUCAACGAGCUCUGCAAGAGUCCCUGUGCUAAGUAUAUCAAAUCGUUGAAAGAGAUCAACAUUGCUUUCCUACCGUACGAGUCCCAGGUCUUCUCGCUCGACUGUCACGAAGCAUUUCAUACUAACUAUAAUCCAAUCAAACAAUCACAACGAACGGCAACAUUGGAACGACUAGCCGAACAAGUGGCCACUUUGUGCGCCACACUCGGCGAAUAUCCAAGUAUUCGGUAUCGAUCGGAGUUCGACCGUAAUGUCGAAUUGGCACAACUUAUCCAACAAAAAUUGGACGCUUAUAAAGCCGAUGAGCCGACUAUGGGUGAAGGCCCAGAGAAGGCCCGUUCGCAGCUGAUAAUCGUCGACCGGGGCUUCGAUUGUGUAUCGCCUUUACUACACGAACUGACAUUCCAGGCAAUGGCCUACGAUCUGUUACCCGUUGAAAAUGAUGUCUACAAAUUUGAAGCGGCCAGCGGUAACGAAGUACGGGAAAAGGAGGUUAUACUCGACGACAACGAUCAGACAUGGGUCGAGUUGCGUCACCAACACAUUGCAUUGGUAUCGCAGAAUGUAACCAAACAGUUGAAAAAGUUUAUCGAAGAAAAGGGUAUGCGUACCAAUGAUAAGACAUCGAUGAAAGACUUGUCUCAAAUGAUCAAAAAGAUGCCCCAAUACCAGAAAGAGUUGUCAAAAUACUCGACACACUUGCAUUUGGCCGAAAGCUGUAUGAAAGCCUAUCAAGGCUAUGCCGAUAAACUGUGUAAAGUCGAACAGGAUCUGGCUAUGGGUACCGAUGCUGAGGGCGAAAAAAUUAAGGAUCCAAUGCGUAAUAUUGUACCCAUACUAUUGGACCAACAAGUCGGCAUAUUUGAUAAAAUUCGUAUAAUUUUGUUGUAUAUAAUAUCGAAAAACGGUAUCAGCGAAGAAAAUCUGGCCAAACUGAUCCAACACGCGGCCAUACCCGCACAGGACAAGACUAUCAUAACAAAUAUGUCGAUGUUGGGCGUGAAUAUCAUUACCGACAACAGUCGCCGUAAGACACACCAGAUUACACGUAAAGAACGCAUUACCGAACAGACCUAUCAGAUGUCCAGAUGGACUCCGAUAAUCAAAGAUAUUAUGGAAGAUGCAAUUGAAGACAAGUUAGACGAUAGAAAACUGUUUCCAUUUCUGGGCGGUCGGACUCAGCCGAGUAAUUUUGGUCGACCGGCGCCGACUAGUAUGCGCUACGGCCAGUGGCAUCGGGACAAGAAUGCACUGAACAUUAAGAACGUUCCGCGUCUGAUAGUCUUCUAUGUGGGCGGUCUAUCCUAUUCGGAGAUGAGAUGCGCCUACGAGGUGACCAAUGCGUCGAAGAACUGGGAGGUCAUCAUUGGCUCCGAUCAUAUAAUAACUCCCGAAAGCUUUCUUCAAGAUCUUCGCGAACUCAGUAAUAAUUGAUUGAUUGGCGUUUUGCUGACCAAACCAACCAACCAAUCAAUCGCUUCUAUGGAUUCACACCAAUGUAUUCAAAAAAUGAUGAUAUAUUAUAUAUAUAUAUAUAUACUUACAGUAUAUG